UGCCUUGUAGGAAGCUCCCCUUAAUGAACGCAAUACCUGUCUCAUGCCUGGUUACCUGGGACCUCGUUAGAAAGAUGGAUGAGUGGGGCCUGGUGUGAGUGAGUUGGAGACAACCCAAAGCCGGAAGGGGAAUUCUCAACUGAGGCCUGGGAAGGUUUUUAGUUCCUUCUUCCUUCCAGAAAUUUCUUCAGCGUGAUCAAAGACAGAAGUCAGCAUGAAGAUUCUUGGUGGCUCUCUCUGGCUUUUGAGGACUUGGGCCCCAGGAAGACCGAGGAAACCCAGGCCUGAAAUUCUUUCUUGCACUAUUUUUCACAGGCAAGGCAAGGUGCAUAGUGCCUCCAGCAUGAACCACAGCUUCAGAAACGGGAAGUAGAAGCUGGGACAGCUGGCCCUCUACCAUGGCCUGUGAACCACAGAUGGACCCUGGUGGGGCAGUGGGCCCGCUGCCCACCUCCGCCCCUGGCUGGAGCACACUGCCUCAGGGGAGCCCAUCUGGCUGGGGGCAAGAGCUGCACAAUGGCCAGGUCCUCACAGUCCUCCGGGUUGACAAUACCUGUGCCCCCAUCUCCUUUGACCUUGGCGUGGCGGAAGAGCAGCUGCAGGCCUGGGGCAUUCAGGUCCCUGCUGAGCAGUACAGGAGCCUGGCUGAGAGCGCUCUCUUGGAACCCCAAGUGAGGAGGUACAUCAUCUACAACUCCAGGCCCAUGCGACUGGCCUUUGCUGUGGUAUUCUACGUUGUCGUGUGGGCCAAUAUCUACUCCACCAGCCAGAUGUUUGCCCUGGGCAGCCAGUGGACUGGCGUGCUGCUUGUGACCCUGGCUGCUAUCAGCCUGACCCUCACCCUUGUGCUGAUCUUCGAGAGGCAGCAGAGGAAGGCAAAUACUAACACAGACCUAAGGCUGACAGCUGCUAACAGAGCCCUCCUGAGAUAUCGGGUGCUGCUGGGAGUGACCGACACAGUGGAAGGAUGCCAGAGCGUCAUCCAGCUCUGGUUUGUCUACUUUGACCUGGAGAACUGUGUGCAGUUUUUGUCCAACCAUGUUCAGGAGAUGAAGAGGACUCAAGAGUCCUUGCUGAAAAGCAGAUUGAGCCAACUAUGUGUUGUCAUAGAGACAGGAGUGAGCCCUGUGGUGGAGGGGCCCGAGGACAUGGAGGAUGCUCCUCUCCUGCCCAGUGCUCCGGGCCCUCAGGAAAGACCACUCAUGCAGACCGAGCUCCACCAGCUUGUUCCUGAGGCUGAGCCAGAGGAAAUGGCCCGGCAGCUGCUGGCCGUGUUUGCUGGCUACUACACCCGGCUCCUCGUGACCUCUGAGCUCCCCCAGCCAGUGGGGACACGACACACAGACUCUCCGAGGAUUCCAUGCCCAUGCCAGCUCAUAGAAGCACACAUCCUGGGCACAGGGUGCUGCCCAUUCCUGGCCAGGUGACCUAGGGACAGAGACAUGCAUCUUCCAAGACUGAGAAGUCAGGGAGGCGUUGGGAACUUGGAAUGGCCAGCAGUGAGCUCUGACAAGGAAAUCAGCAUUUGAGGACACCUUGGAGAGUGUCAGUCAUGCUAGCCACAGGGACACUGAGCACAUUCCAGAGCCCUGCACGGAACUGCCUUGUUGACAUCAUAGCCUGUCCGGACCGUGCUGAAUUGGUGAUGGCAGAGCUGGGCCAGCCUAGCUCUUCUUGGGCUGUUUGGGCCCGCAGCUUGGGUGGAAGAGCCCUUCUGUUGUUACCUGCCAAGACUCAGAGACCUGCAGAUGACCCCAAAGGGCAAGUCUGUCAAAGCUCAGAUUCAGGUGAUGGUCCUACCCUAGACCUUUGUUGUCAGAUGGGGAAACUGAGUCUCAGAGAAGAUGCUGCUGUUUCCACAUUGCCUUGGACUACUGAUAUCAUCAGCCUUUCUCCAGCAUGAAGAAGGAAUUCUCAGAAGACUGCUCUCCCCUCUUACUUUAUGAACAGCAACAGCAUCUGAAUUUGUUGUCUGCUAGCACCUGGGGUGGAAGACAGGAGCUGACAAAAGGCAGGUAACUGUCCACAGAGGAGUUUGGAAAAGAAUAUCCUGUUGGACUCAGGGACUGGUUUUGUUCAGCAACACACUCGCUUAUGAUUGUGGUUCCGUCCUGCAGAGCAGUUGUGAUAUUUUCUUGUUCUGGAAUGAAGUGUGAUUAGACACUCCUGCAUUUGUUUGAAGAGCUCAGAGACUUCCAGAUAGUCUUUUCUCCAAAGCAUUUGAAGACCAUUUGACAGGCCCAUUCCCCAAACACUUGGCCUUUGUGAAUUUAUCUCCCAUAAACACCAUUAUAAGUUGGAACUCUUUCCUGAACUGAUGUAACUUUUUUUUCCUACUUGUUGGACUCCUGUUCAUGCUUCAAAGCCCAGUUUUCCUUACCCUUCCUUCAAGAAGUCUUUUAGUCACCCCUGCCUCUCUGUCUUCUUGAUACAGCUGUUACCUGAACUGAUGUUUUAUGUUACUCUGUUUUCCUCUGUACAUACCUGUUUUUCCUAGCUAGAUUGUAAACUCCUUAUGGUCCA